AAAUAACACAAGGAUCUAAGUUCUAUAUAUACAUAAUCCAAUCCCAUUUGGUUCAGCAUUAUCCACAUUCUAAGGCCAAAACAAACACUGGUAGUGAAGAGUGAAUAGAGGAAUGGAAAUGGAGAAAAGAGAGAGGAAGAUUAUGGUGGCUGUGGAUGAGAGCCAAGAGAGUAUGUAUGCGCUGUCAUGGUGUCUAAGCAACCUUGUUUCUGACAACGUCGACAACGUUAAACUUGUCCUCCUCUAUGUCAAGCCACCCCCUUCUGUUUACCCCUUAGAUGCUGCAGGGUACAUAUUUUCAAGUGAUGUUGUUUCAACUAUGGAAAAGUAUGGAAAGGAUUUGGCUAACUCGGUAAUGGAAAGAGCUGGGGAUAUUUGCAGAAAAUUGAACACUACGAAUAUGAGUAUGGAGAGAGUAAUUGGUAGUGGAGAUGCCAAGAAUGUGAUAUGCAGUGCUGUGAAGAAACUUGAGGCUGAUACCUUGGUCAUGGGAACCCAUAGCUAUGGAUUCUUUAAGAGGGCACUCCUUGGAAGCGUUAGUGAUCAUUGUGCUAAGCAUGCCAAGUGUCCUGUUGUAAUUGUUAAGCAUCCUUGAUUCUCAUAUUUGGAAGCAGGUUCCAGGGCAUACCUACAACUAUAACUAUCUAGCAUCAAGAAGAAUGGAUUUUUUUUGUGUAUAUGUACAUAUAUCUAAAGCAUAGGGGGAAAAGAUGGUUGGGGAGAAUGUUUAUUUCAUUUUAUGAUACUUAUGCUUAAUUUCAUGUUAAGAAAUAGUUGUUAUUGAUUCGGAUUAUUCCAAGUUGCUGUUUACAUCCACAACCACAAGCUAGAAAGUCCAAUAGAUAUAGUGAAAAAAUCAGAGGGUAAUUAAGGUAACAAAAUGUGAAGCGCAGUGAAUAUGUGGAAUCAAAAUUGAAAUGAAAAGGUUUGGAUGACCGGAUUG